CUCACAAUGACAGAGGAAGCAUGCAGGACACGAAGUCAGAAACGAGCGUUAGAACGUGAGAUAACGCAUAACGAUGUGGACAGUAAAAAAAUAAAAAUGGAGAAAGGACUAUUAGGAACAGAUAUAAAUGCUGAAGGCGACAUGAAAAUAAAAACAGAUCCUGGAGCUGGAAAAGUGCAAGGAUUAUUAAAAAGUGGAGAGGUGAAAGCAACCAUUAAAGUGGAGGUUCAGACGGGAGAUGAGCCUGUGGACAUGAGUACCUCAAAAAGUGAAAUAAAGAGAGAAAAGAGAGUCCCCUCACCAGAUGUUAUAGUGUUAUCUGACAAUGAACCUUCUAGCCCUAGAAUGAAUGGUUUAACAAAAAUAGCAUUAAAAGAGACCAACACAGAGGCACUCAUGAAAAGCAGUCCAGAGGAGCGUGAGAGAAUGAUUAAACAACUAAAAGAAGAGUUACGGUUAGAAGAAGCAAAGCUUGUUUUAUUGAAAAAGUUACGGCAAAGUCAAAUCCAGAAGGAGACCACUACUCAGACGCCUGCUGGUUCCUCUGGGAGUGCUGUGGCCACCCCUCCGCCCUUGGUGCGGGGACCGCAGAGUGUUCCUGCUGGCAAGCCGUCCCUCCAGACCUCUUCUACACGUAUACCAGGCACUGUUAUUCCUCCUCCCUUGGUCCGUGGAGGGCAGCAGACUUCUUCAAAAUUGGGAACUCAGCAAAACACGCAGAUAGUAAUGCCACCUCUUGUCAGAGGAGCACAGCAAAUCCACAACAUCCGACAGCACUCCAGCACGGGGCCGCCUCCGCUGCUGCUGGCUCCGCGGGCAUCGGUCCCCAGUGUACAAAUUCAGGGGCAGCGAAUUAUCCAGCAGGGUCUGAUCCGUGUCGCCAACGUCCCCAACACCAGCCUGCUUGUCAAUAUUCCGCAGGCUUCACCAACUUCAAUCAAAGGUACAACCGUGACAUCCGCUCAGGCUAAUGCUACUACGACCAGCGCCGCUUCCAUCGUCAACUCCAACGACUCGCCGGCCAGCCGGCAAGCCGCCGCCAAGCUCGCCUUGCGGAAGCAGCUGGAGAAGACGCUGUUGGAGAUCCCUCCUCCCAAGCCGCCUGCGCCAGAGAUGAACUUCCUGCCAAGUGCAGCUAAUAACGAAUUUAUUUACUUAGUCGGGUUGGAAGAAGUUGUGCAGAAUUUGCUGGAAACUCAAGGUAAAGUUUCGGUCGCUGUAUCAUCUCGCGAGCCCUAUAUGUGUGCUCAGUGUAAGACUGACUUCACCUGCCGUUGGAGGGAAGAGAAGAACGGAACCAUUAUGUGUGAAACCUGCAUGACGUCAAAUCAGAAAAAGGCCUUGAAAGCUGAGCACACUAACCGACUGAAGGCUGCUUUCGUAAAAGCACUGCAGCAAGAGCAGGAGAUUGAGCAAAGGAUACUGCAACAGACUGCGUCUCCCGUACAGACCAAGUCAGACCCUAUAGUGCAGCACCACUCGCUCAAGCAGGUAAGGCUCCGUCCAACAGAAGCCAGAUCUCGGUGAUGAUGGGGCAAGGGUCCUGCGGCUCCAAGCACAAGUACUUCUAGCCAGAUGUCUCGAGGUCCUCCUGGAGCUCCGCGAGGAGUGUUGCAUGCAUUUAGCCAGUCACCCAAGUUGCAGAAUGCAUCGUCUGCAGCAGCACUUGGGAGUAGGCCAGGUAAGCAUGCUGAGAGACCUGUCAGCAAGGGCAGCGCUGCCGCCUGGAAGAAGACUCCCAUCAAUACAGGUGGGGCUUUACCUUUUGUUAAUCCUAGUUUAGCUGUGCACAAGUCGUCUUCAGCAGUAGACCGCCAGCGUGAAUAUCUCCUGGAUAUGAUUCCCCCACGGUCCAUCCCACAGUCCGCCACGUGGAAAUAAUGCAGAGGAAUGCCCAAGAGGAAGACUUUUCCUGUUUCUGCCAUCCUUUUAUACCACAUUACAGUGGAAUCUGCUUUAAUCCCAGCUGGAUAUGCCCCAGGCUUUAUAGGAUGCAAGAAGACCACUCCUCAUCCCAUCGAGUGCUGCUGUCCCUGCUAUGAGAAGAUGACGCCACGUGGGUGGGAAAGACUUAAGCUCAUUUGGUUAUCAGAUUCGUAUGAUUGACUGAUGAUGAAGGCUGUCAGGGAAGGGGAAGAAUUCUGGUUGGUUUUUUUUUUUUUGGCUUUAUGUAUUUAGUUUGGAUAUUUUUUUGUCACCAGCACAAAAGGAGGACUAAAUGACUCUCUGCCUUCGGUUUCUUUAUUAAUAACCACCCAUUCACCAGGAACAUGGUGUUCGUUCACGAUUGAGCAUGGAUGUCAGUUCAAGGAGAGAGGAAUUUCAACCCAAUCUUGCAGAUGCAUUUAGUGAGCCAAGUUCAUGUUUGCUUUUCUUCCCUGCCCCUCCUCCAGCCAGGAAGGCAGUCUACAGAUUAUAAUGUUUCAAAAUCUUCUGAUGAUGAGCUAAUGAUAAAUAAGUGCAAACUCAAAUUCCAGUUGAGUAUGGUUUUUUUCUAAGGGACUGGCUGCCACCAAAACUUGUCUGGUAGGUGGGAACCAGUGCAGGAGUCUCUCACUUUUGUUGGAUUCUGUUUUGAAUAGACUUUGAACUGUUGGUAGUCUAAAAUCUAAUUUACUGAAUAGACAAACAGCUUUGUUCAGUCUUUCUAAUUC